GCUCUCGUGCCGCUCUGGGCUCAGCCAGUGAGAGGCCGGGGGUGUGGUUGAGGGAACACACAGGCCGAGUACUUAGGGCCUCGCUGUGGGUCAGGCCUGGUUUUCUUCGCACUCUGGCGCACGCGUGUCCUCCUCGCCGCAGCCAGGGCGCCCGAGAACGGUCACCUGGCUGCAUCAUGGUGACCCCCUGCACCACCAGCCCCGUGAGCCCCGCCGCCAGGGCUGGGAGGCGAGACGACCAGAACCUCCGUGCCCCGGUGAAGAAGAGCAGACGUCCACGCCUCCGGAGGAAGCAGCCGCUGCAGCCGCGAAACCCGUGCCCGCUCCCCGGAGACUCCGGCGUUUGCGACCUGUUUGAGUCCCCCAGCUCCGGCUCGGAUGGCGCCGACAGCCCCGCGGCGUCCGCGGCGCGAGGCUGCAGCCCCCUACCCGCUCCUGCCCAGCAGCUGGUGCAGCUAGAUCUACAGACCUUCCGCGACUACGGUCAGAGCUGCUACGCCUUCCUCAAGGCGCGGGAGAGCCACUUUCACCCGCGGGAGUCUCUGGCGCGGCAGCCACAAGUGACGGCGGAAUCCCGCUGUAAGCUGCUCAGCUGGCUGAUCCCCGUGCACCGCCAGUUCGGCCUCUCCUUCGAGUCACUGUGCCUGACGGUGAACACUCUGGACCGCUUCCUUAUCACCACGCCUGUGGCUGCAGACUGCUUCCAGCUGCUCGGGGUCACGUCUCUGCUCAUCGCUUGCAAACAGGUGGAGGUGCACCCGCCGCGCGUGAAGCAGCUCCUGGCCCUGUGCUGCGGCGCCUUCUCCCGUCAGCAGCUCUGCAACCUUGAGUGCAUCGUGCUGCACAAACUGCACUUCAGCCUGGGCGCGCCGACCAUCAGUUUCUUCCUGGAGCAUUUCACACACGCGCGCGUGGAGGCCGGGCAGGCCCAGAUCUCCGAAGCCCUGGAGGCGCAAGCCCUGGCGCGCGGUGUGGCGGAGCUGAGCCUGGCUGACUACGCUUUCAGCAGCUACACCCCCUCCCUGCUGGCCAUCUGUUGCUUGGCGCUGGCAGACCGUAUGCUGCAGCUCCCACGCCCGCUGGACUUGCGCCUGGGUGGGCACUGCGAGGAGGCGCUAGAGGACUGCCUGGGCAAGCUGCAGCUACUGGUGGCCAUAAACGGAACCUCUCUGACUCACAUGCUGCCCUUCCAGAUCUCUGAGAAGUGCAGCCUGUCCUCGAGCUUGAAAUAAAGUAGACCCUUGGUUUCCUUUGA